AUGUAUACGUAUUCUUUUGCAGGCCGCUCGAGCGAAGAUGAAGAUUCGUCGGAUAUCGAAUCGAAGCCCGGGAUCGCGCUCAAGCGGAAACAGCGCCGCUCUCGGACCACCUUUAGUGCCGAUCAGCUGGAGGAACUGGAACGAGCAUUCGAGCGAUCCCAAUAUCCGGAUGUCUACACCAGGGAAGAAUUGGCUCAGAAGACCCGAUUGACCGAAGCCAGAGUUCAGGUGUGGUUCAGCAACAGGCGUGCCAGGUGGCGCAAACACAUGGGGACGUCGCAACAUCAUCAACAUCCCAACUCGGGGGGAGGAGGAAGCUCGUCAUCGGGGCCGAGCAUCGGCUCCAUCGGUCUGCCUUAUCAGAGCCAACCGGCCGUCGCCUCCCAUAUUGGCCAAUACAGCGCAUCGGAAUCGACUGGAACCACGUCAGAUCGUUGCUGGCCGGAUCGCACUGGUGGUGGCAAUUUCCUGUUUCCGCAAUCAGCAAACACCGGAGGCGUAGCUAGUUCGGCAUUCAACACGGCGGAAUCUUUCGGACAAUUAUUCGCGACCGCUGCGGCGGCUACACCAAGUGGCGGAUUAAGCAACUACACUCCGACUUCUUCUUCCGCAUCAUCCGCUGGUGUGGAAUACCCACCGCAUCCGCACCAUCACUUACCGGGGGCCCUUGGCGAAACCGGUUGGAAUGCUGUGAAAUCCGGCGGCGGCGGCGGCGGAAGCGCUGGCAAUUCGAUCGGAACCGAAAUGCCCAGCUGGACAACUGCUCCGGCUUCUUUCAACGGAUUCGACAACUACAACGGACUGGCCACGGGUGAAAUGUUUAUGGGUCACCAUCAUCACCAUCACCAUCAUCAGAGCUAUGCGGAUGUCGGAAAAGCCGCCUCGGCCUCCUUCUCUUACGGCCAUCAUCACAAUCCGGCCGUUGUGGGCGUUUCUUCGGCCGCCGCAGCCGCCGUGGCUUACCGGAACUAUAAUUUGGCCAAAGGAAACAGUGCUGCGGCAGCCUCAUUCGGAUUUUACUAAAACAAAAAUUACUUAAAGAAGGAUAAAUUAUAUUUUCAAAUAUUUCUGUGAAAAUGUCAUCAUAGGGAGGGAUUGUAAAAUCUCAGGAAUGAAAAAACAUUCAAACGUAUUACUUGAUCUGCAUAUUUUCUUUUCUAUCAUGCCUUAAAAUAUUACAUCAUCAUCUUAUCAAACAUUAAACUAGUUCAUCGGAAUGUAAUCUCUACGCUAAAGUAACGCAUGUCUCUUAAUAUUUUCUAU